AUGGGAACAUGCCUCGACUGGCAUAGCAGCGUAGUGGAAGCACUCCCCGCUGCAAUCCCCAAAGAUGAAGCCUCAAAGUUCGCCCUAGAAUGGCGCAGGCAAUAUUUCCUAGAGAAUAGCAAGCGCGUGAAUGAAAACCUCCACCCAGAAGACAUCGAUAUCACCCUUGCCCGCACCCUGGAAGCCCUUCUCGACCAGUCACCCGACCAUAAACCGCACUUCGACGCCGAGAAUAAGAAGCAAAUUAUCGAAGCAUGGCACUCGCAGAAAGCAUGGCCCGAAGUCUCUGAUGCAAUCAAGAGUCUUCGACAAGAACUCGGUCUGGAAGUCUUUGUCCAUGCAAAUGGUACGACACGGCUCCAGUUGGACUUGACUCGGUCUUCCGGGUUAGAGUUUAACAUGUUAUUUUCCAGUCAGCUGCUGGGUGCUUAUAAGCCUCGCCCCGAGGCUUAUAAGAAAGGAUUGGAGCUUGUAAAGCUUCGACCCGAGGAGGUGGUUUUGGUUGCGGCGCAUGCGUAUGAUUUGCGGGGCGCGCAGAAAUGUGGAUUGAGGACCGUGUAUGUUCAUCGGUGGACUGAUGAUAUUGAUGAGGAUAUGGAGGUGGUCAAGACUGAGUUUGAUGUAUUUUUGGAGAAUAUGUAUGGCCUUGCUAGUGCUAUUCAGGGAUUAUGA